CACAGCUCCUAGCCGGUCCCGCCCUGGAGCGGAUGACUGGGGCCGUGUGAGCCGCGAGGCGCAUUCGUGGACUGACAGCCCCCGAAGUGACCUGUUUGGAGAGGGGCCGGUCCGGAGAGACCGGUUCGGAGAGUGACCAGUCCAAAGCGAGGCCGGGCGAGAGCGAUCAGACCGGGAAAGGGGCGGUCCUACAGAGGGAGGGCGGCCGAGCAGCGGGACUCCGCCCGGACAGCGCCUGGCCCGCCGGCCGGGCCGAGCUUGGUGGCGGGCGGGCGGGCCGAGCCCAUGGCGGAGCCGGCGCUGCCGCUGGUGACUCGGCUCAGCUAUGCCGUGGGCCACUUCCUGAACGACCUGUGCGCCUCCAUGUGGUUCACGUACCUGCUGCUGUACCUGCACUCGGUGCAGGGCUACAGCUCUUGGGGCGCCGGCGUCCUACUGCUGCUGGGCCAGCUGGCCGACGGCGUGUGCACGCCCCUCGUGGGCUACGAGGCUGACCACUCCGGGGGCUGCUGCGGGGGCUACGGGCCCCGAAAGUCCUGGCACCUGGUCGGCACCAUUUGCGUCCUGCUCUCUUUCCCUUUCAUCUUUAAUCCCUGCCUGGGGUGCACAGCCUCCACAGCAGAGUGGGCCGCCCUCAUCUACUAUGCACCUUUCAUUGUGAUCUUCCAGUUUGGCUGGGCAGCCACCCAGAUCUCCCACCUGUCCCUAAUCCCCGAGCUGGUCACCAAUGACCACGAGAAGGUAGAACUCACCGCCUUCAGGUACGCCUUCACCGUAGUAGCCAACAUUGCGGUGUAUGGGGCUGCCUGGCUGCUUCUCCAUUUCCAGGGGUCCCACUCGGAGGUGCCUGAUUCAGGCACCAGUGACCAGCUAGGCCUACAGGAUGUGCCAGUGUUCAGGAACCUUUCCCUGAUAGUUGUCUGUGUGGGUGCCGUCUUCUCCCUGCUCUUCCACCUGGGCACCAAAGAGCAUCCUCGGAGGCUGCGGCAUGGGCCUGAGGAGCCCAGUGAGCACAGCCCCCUGCUCCCGCCCACCUCCCAGCCCAUGCUCCUCUGGAAACACUGGCUUCGGGAGCCCUCCUUUUACCAGGUGGGCAUGCUGUAUAUGAGCACACGGCUCAUUGUGAACCUGUCACAGACGUACAUGGCUAUGUAUCUGACCUACUCCCUUAACCUGCCCAAGAAGUUCAUUGCGACCAUCCCCCUUGUGAUGUAUGUCAGCGGCUUCUUCUCCUCUUUCUUCAUGAAGCCAGUGAACAAGUGCAUUGGUCGAAAUCUGACAUACUUUGCAGGACUCUUGGUCAUCCUGGCCUUUGCCUCCUGGGUGGCGCUGGCCAACACGCUAGGUGUAGCCGUGUAUGGAGCGGCGGUACUCCUGGGUGUUGGCUCGGCCACCAUCCUCGUUAUGUCCCUGUCCAUGACAGCCGACCUCAUUGGCAGCCACACAAACAGCGGAGCCUUUGUGUACGGGGCCAUGAGCUUCACAGACAAGGUAGCCAAUGGGCUAGCUGUGAUGGCCAUCCAGAGUCUAUACCCCUGCUUCUCAGACCUGUGCUGUGCAGCCUGCGUGGGCUUCUACCAUUGGGUGAUGGUGGCCGUGACCGGAGGUGUGGGCGUGGCUGCUGCCCUCUGUCUCUGUAGCAUCUUUCUCUGGCCCAUCCAAGUUCGAUUCUAUGAUACAGCUGUGGCUGGCCCAGAUGAAGUUGCUGCUAGACCAAACUCUGGAGCCUCCCAGGACAUUACAGUCAACUGAACACUCAGGAUAGAUCAGAUGUCUGUGCAAAUGGACCCUCCUCCUCCCCCUUCCCUGGAUCCUAGGACUCAGAUACAAGUGUCUCCUGCAAUGGACCAUCCCCAGCUGGUCUGGGAAUCCUAGUCUGUCUCUCUGGCCCAUAUCUCUGACCAGGGAUCUCUGGGCUGGUAGCUGUUUACAAAGAAUGUUGGACUAAUGAAUAAAAGUCCCACUGUGACUGUGGGAAUUCUACACUUGGAUCCGGUGUGCACACACUGAAGGGUGACCAGGAGAGGGUGAUGGAAAUUCUAGCCUCCUGGACCCCAGUAUCUUCUUCUCUCAUCUCAUCCUUACCUCUGAGCUUCUGGGGAUUAUUGGCUUCAGGAUGGAGGGGACCCAGAAGGGAAGGAGGAGCAAAGUCUCCUGUCCUUUGCCCCCUUCCACUUCUGGAGCAUAGCUGUGUUAGGGUGGGUGACAUUGUGGGUACUGAGGAGAUCUCCAUCCCCCACUGAAGACUUGGGUAGGUCAGAGGUCAACUGAAUCACUCUGACCUUAGAAAAUCACUUCUUUCUGGGCCUCAUUUUUCCUAUCUGCAAAAUGGGCACGAUUUUUUUGCCUUUCACAAGGGAUCUUUGUGUGUCCUAUGCAUAUGCUAUGUUUGCCAUGCUGUGAUUAAUACCUGGGAUCUGGCUUUUAGGCCCUCCUGAAUGCCUCCAGUCUUGGGGAACUCACUACCUCCCUGUAAGCUUUUCUCCCCUCCCCCUCCUGGCCUCCCCUUCCUUUCCUCCCCUUCCCUCCCUCCCCCCACCACUGUUCCUGUGCCGUCUGGUGCCAAAUAAACCAAGUUUUAUCCCUCUAUUCCAUGACACCACCUAACAAUUUUAAGAAAGCUUUCCUAUCCACCUCAGUGUGGGCUCAACACUCCCAGUUUCUUUAACACUGUACGGUAUGGUUUUCUUCACUCUCCCCACCCCAGCCACUCUUCCCUGUCCACAAUCCAGUCCUGCUUGUCAGCUUUCCUCCUAGAUCCGGCCUCCAGACAGAGCAUGGGCCUCCCACCACAGCUGUGUGGUCUGACCAGGGGAGAGCACAGAGGAGAUUCGAGCUCUCUCCCCUCCCCAGACAUUAGGGCUUUUCUUCAGCAUAACACAAGAUGGCUUUGGGCUGGACCCACACCGAGAUCUUUUAACCAAGAAACAUUGUGUAGUCACAUCUGCCUCAUCCUAUACUUGGGCAGUGGAUCAUUUGAACCCAAGCAUCAGACUUCACUUUCAUUGCUAAUGAGUUUUGUUCUGUUAGAUUUAGCUCCUUCCCUUGGCCUGUGGGAAAGUGACCCAUGACCAUGACCUGCGUGCACACAGAUGUCCAGGUGUGUGUAUUUGGGUGGCAUAUGUAUUUACAUGUGUAGAUCAAAGUUCUUUGGGUUUUUUUAACCAUUUUUAUAUCAUGGAUCCCUUUGACAGUCUGGCAAAGUUACAGACCUCUUGUCUAAAUAAAGUUUGUUUCCUAUAUUUAA